GGUUGUUGUUCUUCCUUUUGUGCCUUUGAACUCUGAGCAACCAAACGUAACAAAAAGAAGCAGGGUUACACGCUAUAUUCCUUUUCCUCACUGUUUUUAAAUCAAAACUACAGCAGUCAGCAGUUACCACUGCUACCGCCGAACCAACAUGCCCCCUGAGCUUCUAGACUUCGAGCCUGUAUUCGGCGAACCCAAAGUGCAGUGGGCAGGCUCGGCUUCGACUCAAUCAAGUGGGUUUUUGUUCCAUGUUCACGCUCCUGAAUCAUCUCAACUCAAAAUUGAAGUCACGAAUUUCCGUUCCAGCACUUGGGAGGCCGUACGCACUGUUUUCCAACUUGAGGACAUGAGGGACAAUGUCGGAAUAGGGGGCUCUUGGUCUGAGUUCGUUGCCUACCUUUUGGACUCUCUUAAAUCUGAAGACGUGAACAUUGUUUUCGAGGGCCAUUCCAAACAACAUGAUGCUGAACAUGCAAAGCUAGUUGCUCAGAAGUCAAAAGGAAUGCCCCGAAUUUCGUUUUCUCUUACAAAACUUGUGGGUUCAGCUGCUACUGAUGCUAAUGCACAUCUGUCCAUUGAGCUUUUCAAAGCAUUCAAGAGAUUGCAAUAUUUAUGCGGGCAAGGUGCUAUUUUCUUUUCUCUCAUUUGUCAAAUUCUUUGUUCUCAUCAUGUUUAGGACAGAAAUUUUGUUGCAUUUGCAGAUUCGUAAUUUUGCUUGCAUACAUACAGAAGCACGCACAUUUCAAUUUUUUGAAACAAACAAUUGUUGCACUCUUCUUUAUUUUGUCUUCAGAACAAGCGUGCUCUUCUCAAUUGACAAAAGUGUUAUCUGCCCAAGCGGUUAUUUAGUUAUAUCUAAGUCAUCAUUUUGUAAUGUGGAUCGUACUAUUAUCUAUUCUAACAAAUGAUGUUGUAAGCAAGGUAGUCUUCCUUUCAGUCACAUUCUGGAAGCAUAGAAGGAAGACUUGUAUGCCUUUUAUGUUCUUAUCAAUUAUCAUGAGCUUGUCAUGAAUUGUUGAUCAUGCAGUAUAUUGCCCCUUGAUUCCUAAGGUUUGAAUUUGUUGCUCAUGCCUGCUUUAUUGGAGAUAAGCUUGUGAUAAUUGUUGUUCCGUGGAAUUGGAGUUGUAUUUGUGCUUGUCUCUUCUAGAUAUUUAUACUUGUCUCUUCUAGAUAUUUAUACUGCAAAUUGUUUUGUGAGACAUCAUCAUUUGUUCCAUUACUCAUUAUUGAAUAUGAUACUAAGAUAUAUCAGUUAUGGCAGCUUUUAAAUUCUUGCACUUCCUGUAGCAAAUGAGCACCUAUUUUGCUAAAUAUGUCUUUCUAUUCUCCAGGAGAAAAAUAAAAGUUUCCAGGGCCAACUGGAGGUGUGUCUUAAGAGGCAGAAGUCAGACAAAGCAGAUUUUUCUGCCCCUCUGAUGAUUAAUGGCCAAAAUUCUCCAGACAAGCAAGCAGCUCGAGAUCCUGGCCCAACAAAAGUAGUUAAUCGUGUUGUACCAGCUUACAGGAGGGCAAAAGUGAGGGGUGCUGUCCUACAGGAUGAUGAUGAAGACAAGGAUAACUAGAAGUUAAUCAGACAGUUUGGUAUACCCUGUUUUCAGAUCAAAGUAAUAGAACUACCAUUUUCAUGUACUGCGUGAGAAAAAAUUGUCAAACUAAGGGAAAGGGAAGAAAUCUCAUUUAACCUUUUAGAGUUGUUUCCCUGUAGUUGCAAGUUUCCUGCUGUAUUCUGCCCCUGUAAAUGUAAUAGUUGUGUUCAUAAUCAAACACUUGUGCUUCUUGGGGCAUAUAGAUUCACCUACAGUGCGAGUUUUGUCAGAAGGCCUGAAUUUUCACCUUCUCAUUCAAUGAUCACAUAUGCUUUAUCCAUAUGGAAAAUGUAAUCUGGUUUAUGUCAAAUAUUCAUGUUUAUUAAUUUUCCUUUAAUCUAGAGUAUCAAAUUUUGCUUCUUACUGAACUUUGGUUUCUUUACCUUUUUCAUUUUUUGUAAACUGCAAGCAUACAUGUGGCAUAAUAAUGACAUCUUGUUUAUAGUUCUCUUUUGCAGUUCCUCUACAUCAGGGUCCAUCUUGCUCACACAAAUAGGGAAAUCACUAAAAAGAUGCAGCUUCCUCAUUCCUCCAUUUUGCUUUUCUUGGAUUGGAAGAACAGCCAGCAACUGGGGAAGGAAUUUGUGUUAUCAUGCCUGCAGGUAAUCAGAAUGCAAAGGUUUGCUUAGUUUUUAUGAAUCAUAGAGGUUCCUUUCUCUUUUCUUUAUUUUUCUGAUUAUAUUUGUCUUUGAAAGAUAUUCCGUCAUUCAAUUUGAUUU